AUGGAGCAGGAUCCAUAUUCCAAAAGGGGCCGGUUGAUGGGCAAGCUGUUUGGGAGGGAUCGCAAGACGUCGAACCCAAGCCAUUCCUCUGGAAACGAGGACCUGAACAACUUCUUCCACGGCUCCCACGACAACCUCCCCGUCACGGUUAAUCACCCCGGUCCGCAAUUGUUGGCCAAGCUGGACACCUCCACCGCCAGGCGAUAUCCCAACGCCGCCGAGUACGGUGCCCAGCAACAACCCCAGCCGACACUCCAGCCAAGCGUCCCCAUUCGUACGCGCUCUCACAGCCCUCGGGUACGAAACAAAAAGGGCCUGGUCGUUAGAUUCGUCGAUACUUUCCCCGAGGUAAUUGGUGAUGGCGGCGAUGAGUGCAGUGUUCCUACGGCCGAGAUUGGGAAGAGGAAGAGGGCGCAAUCCGCCCCGCCGCCGGCGCAGCUGCAGAAGAUAGCUCGCCUUCGUGAGGGAGAGAGGGAGAGGGCGUAUUCGGAGACUCAACAGGAGGAGUUCGUCCCGCAAGCCAUGAGACGUACACAGACCGGUUUCUCCACCAUUUCGGAUUCCCCUCCACAGCCAGCACCUCCUAUGCCCCCGGCUCCAGAACCAAGCCGUGAUCUGCCACCCGAGCCACCUCAAAACGAGCCUACUCUGCCUGUUAUGCCUGCGGGAACACCCAAAACCUCUAGAUUCCUGGACACGUCGGUGGUUUCUAACGACGACAAGAGGAAGUCUUUCAUCGAAAUAAAUCAGGCGAAGCAGCGCCAGGCUGAGGGCAUGGCAUUCGCACAAGCCGUGCGCCAGUCCUCCGCUCAUUCCCUAGAACACCAGUGGGAGGAAGUCAGGCAGAGUGGCGUUGGCCCUGGCACGCCUACUGACUCCCGGGCAUCAGCGGCGUCGUCAGGCGGCGCUGAGUCGCCGGAGAGCCAAUUUAGAAGGCCGCCGGUAGAACAGAGCCCUACGUCGUCAAACUACUCCCAUGCAUCUACCUCCAGCCCGGCCGUUUCACAGCGAUGGCCGUCCACCAGAGAGCCACCCAGGCCGAGCGAAUCUCCGACGAAGCGAAACGUGGCUGUGCCUGACGUUGCCGCGCCCGUCGACGACGCUCUGGACAUAUUCGUUGCUCGAACCCGUCACUUGUUUGAGCUGUUCCGUCUGCAUGCCGACGCAGUGAAACCUAUGCUCUCAUGUUUGCCAGACGAUCUUGCUCGAGCGGCACUUUGGUGGUUUUUGAAGGGCAGAAUGGCACUGGAAAUGUCUAUCAGAGAGACGCCGCAGACACCACAGACACCACAGACCCCAGGGCAAGUCUCAGCAGCUCGCCAACAGGCAUAUGCAGACCUGGCCAAGGCAUAUUUCCUAUUUGAGGAAGUCCUGCCCGAGGUGAUGGGCCAGAAGAGCAGCUCCGUCGAUGCAGAAGUCCAGGAAGUCGGCCAAGCGAUAACGUCGCAGCUGAGAAAGCUUUCCUCUUCAAUGAAGCGAAACGGAUUCUUGCCUCCAGAGGAUGCCCUGUUGCCCCAAACACUGGACAGAUCGAUUUGGCUGGAGUAUCCUGCCAUCAGUCAAGAUGUUGUCUCCUUACUGUGGGGCUCCCGAGGAGGGUCUCUUGCACUGCAGCAACCUGUCACGAGGAUGCCGCUGCUCGCAGCUUUGCCACUGGGUGACUCAGUCGACAUGUUCUGCUACGGUCGCUAUUUUGUGGACGUCUUCCUCAUGGAGCAAGGGAUGGAGAGCCACCCGCUUCGUUUCCCUUGCCUCCUCUCUGUGACAAGAGCUACAAAGCAAUCCAGCCUCGACUUCUGUCUCGCAAGCCAGAAUGGCGCAGUGCAAUUUCGCAUACAGAGCAACAAAGCGGCAGGUCCAACAUGGGAGGAUGUGAAGUGGAGGGUGGAGAAAUGCUCUCUCGAGGUCAAAUUGCCUCGUGGCUUUGCGCUUGCUACUCAGUGUAGACCACAGGAUUUCAAGAUGCUCUGGAGCAUGCAGGACUUCAACGCCAAGUCGCUUGCGACGCUUCAACCGCGGCAAGAAGAGGACAUUGUUUUCAAGUCAACUCUGCGCAGCUUCCAAUAUUUCGACUCCAACGCCCAAUCAGCCACGUUCCCCAGGGAGGCAGUUCGAGCUUGCGAUAUCGGCCUCUUCGAAAAGAUCCUCAAGGAAUCGUCGCCGACAGGACAAAGAAGCUAUCAUCGGGGCUUCCGCCUGGCUGUGGUGACCGGCCCGAGCACGAAGGUACUGAGUGCAGUAAAUCACGUGUACAGUCCACAGACGCCAGUCCAAUUCGGAUUUUUACGCGGCGAGCACAACGAACCGGCUCUUCUACUCAGAUUUGAUGAUGGAAACUCAUCGGGCAGGAUGGUGAUGGCAUUCAACGACGAACCUGAGCGUCUUCGUUUCCACAACAUCUUGGUCGGCACAGUUGUCCAACAUGACGAGAAGGUUCACUCCGAAGUGCCUAUCACUGGAUUCGCAUUGUCUCAGAACGUAAGGUCAGGGCCUUUGAAGGGCUUCUCUCAGCUGCCUUGGUCAAGAGUCAGGAUUAUCAAUGAAGACGCUGAGGACGAAAUCCCGGAAACCGUGCUGGCUGAGAAGCUCAAGAUCGUGGUUGACUUCAAAUGCGGUACCAUCACUGACAGGGUCAAUGUUGAACCUGGAGAGUUGAAGCUCAGGCUGCCCGUCAAAGACAAAUUGAGUCUUUCCAUUUUACGGCAGCCACAAAAAGACUUGACAAUUGCCUUGUCGGAAUCUCAGGUUCCAAAGCAGACCCCAGAGGAUAUGCACCAGGCGCUGCAGCUAACGAGCCGCGCGCCUUCGGUGCGAACACUCACUUUCACCAGUCAAAGGAACCUGCACGAGUUCCAAGAGGCUUUGACAGGGUUCAAGGUGCUGUUCGAUGGAAUCGCAGCAACGCUGGCCAUCUCCCGGCGGCGCAUGGUGGUGCCAAUUUACAAGAAAUGGGAGGCAGGAGCAACAAGGAUCCAGGUCGUACAGUCAGAGAACAUCAUCCAGGUGCUGGCCUUCUUCGAGGACUUCCAUCAUGGUGAAAGCAUGAGCUUUCCCCUGAAGCCCACCGAUGUUUUCGAGGCUGUAAGCCGCAAUAAGCUGUCUGGCAUCAAGAUUGACGAUGCAAAGUUCCCUCUGCCUCGCAGGCCGGAAGAGCAUGGAGAGUCAGCAGACGACCUUGCGUUCGUGUGCUUGGAUCUGCCUGAGAUACCAGGGGAGCAUGACGAUAUCACGAUAUUAUUUGAGAGUGAAGAGGCGCGCGACGAUCUGAUCCGGUGCCUGCCAGCACCAGUAAAGGGGUCCAGACUGUCAAGGAUAUCUGGAAGGUAG